AUGUUUUGCUGUCGGUAAGGUUUUUUUCAGUUUUUCUUUUUUGAAGUAUUAAAAAAAUAAAAAUUAUAAUACUAUAUAGGUAUACCUACAAAUGUACUAGAGUAUUUUAAACUUUCAUAAAAGUAAAAUCAAAAAUUUUUUAAAAAUUUUAUUUUAGAAGGCAUGACGCUCGUAUGUCUAAAUACAGAUUACAGUACUUUGAUGUACGAGGCUUGGGUGAGGGGAUUCGAAUGAUUUUUCAGUACGAGGGGGUGGUAUUCGAAGAUUCUCGUGUAACAAUGGAUGAAUGGACGGAAGUUAAAGAAAGUGAGUAUAUAAAAGAAGUUGUUAGAUUAUCCUUGUUGUAUUACGAUAGUAAAAAGAUUACUAAUAAACUUUUCUGUCUUCUUACAGCGGCAAGAACAGGCAUGCUACCUCAAUUAACAUUAGAUGAUCGGUUUCAGCUCGCUCAAAGUUACGCUAUUGGUCGAUUUUUGGGCAAACAAUUUGGUAAUUUUAAAAGAUGUAUAGUGAUUUAUAAAAUUUGAUGUUUACUUUAGGUUUACAUGGUAAAACAGAGUGGGAAGCAGCAUUAAUCGACCAAUAUUCAGGAUUUUUGAAAGAUUUUAUGAUCCAAGUUAAUCCAUACCUUUUCGUGCUCCUGGGACGGACUAAAGGUGAUAAGGUAAGCAAUAUUUUAAUCGUUUUUAAAUUUUUUUAAAAUUUAUUGAAUUUUUUGUUUAAAAUCUCAAAAUUUUACUUGAUUUGCACGGUGCAAUCGAAAAAAACUUUUAAAAAAAAUUUACAUAAAAUAACAAUUUUAAUGCCAUUUUAAAACAGACUGAUUCAGAAAAAGAUGCGGAAGACCAUUUUUCAACCAGCAAUGGCCACAUUUUGUCCUCAAAUCGUGACAAUCCUAAACAACGCCAAGAGUGGGUACCUGUUACCUUCAGGCAUUACUUGGGUCGACUUUUUCUACGUCGAAUACUUUACAUCGUUGAGGAAUUUGGAAGGGAAUUCUUUUAAGAAAUACAGAGAAAUAGUUUUAUAUCAAGAAAAAGUGCAUGGACUGCCUACUGUCGCCGACUAUGUGAAGAUACGACCUAAAAGUCAAGUUUAA